AUGCAGAAGACGUUCCUCGUAGCUCUGCUCGUUCUUGUGGCCUCAGUCCACUCCAGCUCCCAGUUUUACCUUCCCAUUGACUGUGAUGACAUAUAUCGCAAUGACAACACAAGCUCCAGUGGGGUCUACAAAAUCUACCCAGGAGGUCCCACUACUCCCCUGCAUGUCUAUUGCGACAUGGACACUGAUGGAGGGAGAUGGACUGUAUUUCAGAGGAGGAUCGAUGGGACUGAAAGCUUCUUCAGGCCCUGGAGGCACUAUAAGACAGGAUUUGGGAAUGUGGCUGGAGAAUAUUGGCUGGGUCUGGAAAACAUCUUCCUGCUGACUAUGAGGAAGGAGAACGAGCUGUGGGUCGACAUGGAGGACUGGAACGGAGAAAGGAGGUCCGCACAGUACUCCUCCUUCUCAAUUGAGUCUGAGACUGCUGGGUAUCAGCUUCUCCUGGGCAGCUUCGCUGGCGGUGCAGCAGGGGACAGUUUAUCUGAACACAACUCCAUGAAGUUCACCACCUACGACAAAGAUCAGGAUUUGUCGGAUAAAAACUGCGCUCAGCAUUAUUUGGGUGGGUUCUGGUACAAACAGUGUCACAUCACUAACCCAAACGGCAUGUAUGCGCCUCAUGGUGCCAUCGGGUAUGAUAACGUCCACGUGAUUUGGCGUACAUGGAAGGGCUGGAACUAUUCCCUCAAGACCAUUGCCAUGAAAAUUCGAUUAAGACCUAAGUGUUCAUGCAGAACUUAA